GGGAGGGGGAGAACAGGAGAGAGGACAGAGGGAGGGAGGGCAAGGCAGGCAAAGAAAACUUUUCACUUGUGAGGAGCCACAGAGGAAGCGUGUGUGAGUGAGUGUGUGUAUGUGUGUGUGUGUAUAAAUGUGUUGGAGCGGCGACCAUGCAGGUAAAAAAAAAAAAUCGCAUUUAAGCUAAUUGCUCCGAACUUAAUUAGUCGGCUAAUUGUUGAGCAGCGGAGAUCGCGGAUCGUGUUCGUUACUAAUCCGAACCAUAACAGAACAUUAAACCCCAAACUUUUUUUGUUUGUUUUUCCUGCCUCUUUUUUCUCUCUCUUUCCCUUUGCAAACCCCCCCCACCCCCCUUUUACCACACCGCCACCCUCCCUCAUCAUCGUCGAGGCGACGCACGCACUCCGCUCCGUCAAUUUACGCCUCGAAAGCCGUUAAAACAAAUGGUAGUUUUCUGAUUAAAACCCCGCCAUGUGUUGCACCGCGAGCGGUUGAGGAGGAGUCUGGAGAGACGGUGUGCAGUGAGAGAAAUGGGGUGGCGAAGUGGGUGUGCCCUCUGUGCCAAAAAGGGCAAUCUGACAGAUCUUCCAUGUCUCUACACCUCACAGAGCAACACAGCGUACUUCCAUCGUGUGUAGGCAGACUGCUGGACAUCGUAAGUCUGGCUGUUUUAAAGCAGGCUGCAAGUGGAGGAGAAGAGGACACAGGUGCUCUGGAGUCUGCAGAUGCUGAAUCCUCACAGCUGAAUCACUCUGAAGACCCCGUCUCAGACCCCUGCAAAUCCAGCGAGAGUUCAGACGYUGCCCAGACGCUCGGAGACAAACAGAUGGAGGAGGAGAGAGUAACRGAACAGGAGGGAGGUGAAGCCGAGCCCGUCCCCGAAGAAGAGGAAGCCAAGCCGCAAAACGCAACGGAGAACGCAGAAACGAGCGAAAAGUCCGCKGAGAAGAACGGCGGUGCGCGGCCCUUCAGCUGCAGCGCCUGCCAGGAGAGUUUCCCCAGCAGGACCGCCCUGAGCGUUCAUUACAACUCUGCGUCCCACAUCCAGAGGAUGACCUCGGGCUCUGCCAAGCACGCCGCAGACAUCAGCCCCCAGUCCCCCGCCAUCCAGUUCCUGUCCCGGCCGUACGUUACAAGCAAACCCUACCAGUGCGCCGUCUGCCGAGUCUCCUACAAUCACGCCAUCACCCUGGAGAGCCAUAUGAAAUCUGUUUUACACCAGACUCGCAGCCGGAACGCAGGGAUGGCUGCGAGCRGCGCCGCCGGCUCUGCGCCGACCACCGCUGAGACCAGAACGGGUUCCGUAGCCAGCAGCCGCGCCRCGCCGGGGAAGGACAAAGAGCAGGUCUCCACCUCACAAGUGGCUCCUUCCCUCCUCAGCUCCUCGGUGGCCUCCACUCAGGCGGUCUCGGCCUUCCUCACCCUGUCGCACUCCCUCCUCCCGUCCCUGUUCGCAGCGAGCGCCGCGCCCGGCGCCGCCGCCCCUCAGCUCGUGCCUCAGCCUCACAUGGUCAUGCCCUUGAUCUUAAACGGGCUCCAAGCCCAAACCCAGCAGCAUCAAGACAACCAGCAGGGCCAGGUCCUCACCCAGUGUUUGCCGUUUGUAGGCCUGAACCCGGCCCAGCAGGCCCUCCUAACCCAAAGACUUAACAGCUUGCAGAACCAGUGGCCCUCGCCGCUCGUUCCGGUGCACACACGSACCCCUCAGGAAGAGCAAAAACAAACUCUGCAGUGCGAGGGAGAAGAAGAGAAGCAGGAGACGGGCUCGGAUCACAUCAAGGACACAGAGAACUGGGCCUCAGAGAAAGAAGAGAAACCCAAAGGAGAGAAGGUUGAAAGUACCGAGGAGCAGGAACUUCCAGAUAACAGAACCGACGGAGACCAGCCCGACCCAGAGGGAGAGAAAGAAGCCGGUCCCACCCUCUCCCCUCGCAAUAACAGCCCCUCGCCUUCAGCAUCCGUGCCCAGCCACUCCAGCCUCAGUCCUGUCAAUUUGGACCUGACCCUCAGCCCGGACUCCACCCCUCAGAAACCCGGCACCAGCCCCGGCGCUUCCCCCAAAUCCAGCACAAGUACGAAUGCCUUAACCACUAACCAAACCCGCCUCCGCUGGAGCGCAGUGGGGUCCGACCACCCGGACCUCCCGGUGCUGUCCGAGUUCCAGUCGGAGGUGCUCUGGGCCUUCUUGGAGUCGCGGAGCGAGGCCGACGCCGCCGGCCCCCCUCGCGAAGACUGCGAGGCUCUGGGUAAGGAGGUGGGCCUGUCGGAGGAGGAGGUGCGCCGGUGGCUGGCUCAGGCCCGGCAGGUCAGGCAGAGACGGAGAGAGCUGAAACUCCUGGCAGAAAGACACGCCCAAGUGUUUGACAACGACUACGACGACGAGGAGAGCUCCCUGAUCAUAGCGGAGGGCGAGGACGACGAGGCCGAGGCRUCGGGGAGUCAGGUGAUGGACCUGUCCUGUGGGAGGGGCAAACGAGGUGCCGCGGGGCGAGGUGGUCCAAGAGACUCCAUCCUCACGUCGGACUCUGAGAACGAGGUGUACACCUCGCUCGUUGUUUCAGAUGAGGAGAGUCGGAACGAGUCGUUCCAGGGGGGCCAUGAAAGUCCGGAUAAAGACGAAGCACAGCGGGAGGUCCACGGAGACAAGGGAUCAGCCGGAGGAAAGGUUCUACGCUCCACCACCGUGUUCCUCUCUGACGCAGAGGAGGAGUACGAGGAUGAGGAGGGUGGAGAAGGGCAGAGAGCCAGGAGGAAAAAACGGAAGGGGGAUUUCGMGCGUGACGACCUYGACUUGAAGAAGGAAAGACCGGAUCCGGAUGUGGAUCUGGAACUGGAGGCUCAGGGAGACCCUCCGAGCUGCCACACCUCCGUGAUGGACCACGCAGAGAUCUCAUCCGGUGCUCUCCACUCGCUCCCCCUGUCCCUCACCCCYUUCUCACCCCAGUUCCUCAGCCCGUACGUUCUGUCCCUCACUCCCUCGGUGGUCUCGGACGGCAGCAAAAUAUCUGUCUUUCCCAACGCCCCGACCAUCGCUCGCUUCUCCAACUCCUUCCUGUCGCAGUCUCUGUCCCCCUUCAGCCAAACGCCUCACUUCCUGUCCAACGGCGAYGACUGCGAGUCGGCCCUGGACCUCAGCAUGGGCAAGAACGCCUCCAGAACGUCGUCUUCCUCCUCGCCRUCUCUGGCGGAGAAGAUCGCCGUGCAGAAGGGGCAGCUGCUGGACGGGCUCGGGCUGCGGCCAACAUCCAAAGGUUUGGUGGUGGUCCAGGUCAAACCGGAACCCCCGUCCAACAGCCCCCUGAGCCUGGCCAACUGCGGUAACGUGGCGAACUCCAACAGCUACCCCCGAGCGUCGGACAAAAUGAGCGCGGCGCUGCUGGAGAGGGAGCGGGAGCAGCAGCAGAGGAAGUCCAAGGGCAAGCGGUACAUGCGGGACAUGCGUCGCUCGAGGACCAUCAUCCAGGCCGAGCAGCUGGACGUCCUGUACGGCUGCUACUUCAAAGACCCCAACCCCGGCAAGCACGAGUUCGAGCAGAUCUCCGAGUGGGUCCACCUCCCCAAAAAGGUGGUUCAGAUCUGGUUCCAGAACAUGAGGGCGAGGGAGAGGAAGGGCGAGGUCCGCUUCAUCAGCGACGGGACRCUGGCGGCCGUCGGCAAGCCCCUCAUCAAAUUCACCUGGCCCCUCUCCAAGCCCAUAUUCUCCAACAAGCCCGCUCCGAACAGCACCGGGGGCAUCCCGGCCGCUCCCAUCGUGCGCACCCUGAUGAAGACGAACCCGGAGCCCGAGAAGGAGCCGAGUAAACCGGCGGUGCUGAAAAAGACCACCCCGGUUCCCAUCAAGCCCAAGGAGGUGGUCUCCUGUACCACCGUGUCUCCGGUGGGCAGCGGUGCUUCUCCGGUGCCAAAGACCAAGCUGGAACCUGCUGGAAACCUGUCCCUGGUAAAAAUCGCCCCCAUGGUCAACGCCCCUGUCCGCCUGCCGCCCCCUAAGGACCUGGUCCCGAUCGCCCCGCGGGUCRCUCAGAACCGUCUGGAGGAGGAGAGCGAGGACGAGAAGACGGACGAGGAGAGGGACGAUGAAAACGAGACGACCUCCGGGGUGGGGACGGUGAACCGGAUGGUGCCGAAGCUGCCCACGACMCCCAUCAACAACCGGCUCUCUGCCACGACCGUGGUACCCCCCAAACAGAACGGGCUCAACUACUGGACCCCCAAAGUCCCAAUAAAGAUCAACACCUUAUCCAGAGAGCAGCUGGCGCUGCCAACGCAUGCACCGCCCCGCACCAUCCCCCCUCCUCCCACCCCCAGCAUCGCGCCGGUCAGCCCCAACACCCCCGGCUCCGCCAAGUCRUCCGGCCAGAAAACCCCCAUCCUGCCCAAGCCGGGCCCGACGGAGGGGGGCUUCCUGUCUAACUCGUCCAGCCGCCGGCCGCGCACCCACCUGUCCUGCCUGCAGCUGUCCAUCCUGCAGUCCUGCUACGAGACCUGCGCCCACCCYAACGCCAUGGAGUGCGAGGCCAUCGGCAACGAGCUGAACCUGCCGCUCAAGGUGGUGCAGAUCUGGUUCCAGAACACCAGGGCCAAGGAGAAACGCUGGAGGCUUCAGCAGGAGAAAAUGUCUCCUCUGUUGGGGGGGAAGGUGGACACCAGCUCAGGAAGCUACCUGCAGUACAGCGCKCUGAAAGCCAACCGGCCCAUCCUGCCCAAGCCCGUUCAGCUGACCAUCGCCGAGCCCCCGGCCUCGGCGGCGCCGGGCCAGCCGGCGCAGAAGGAGACCCUGACGGGCCACUGCGACGCCUGCAACGUGUCGUUCGAGUCGCGGGCCGCAGCCAGGGCCCACGUCUUCUCCCCCCGCCACCUGGCCACCCUGAGAACCACUAACUUUGGCCAGCCCAUUUCCCUCACCAACAAGAGCGUCUCGCAGGCGCCGCUCCCCGCUGCCGCGGAGGGGGACGUCGUCGUCGAGCCGCCUCCCUCCACGGCCACCAGCAACAGCUAGACCCGGGUCAGGACCGGUCCGCACACUGACGCUUGUCGAACCCGUUUGGGCUCCUCCGAUUUUAACGAACACAUUUGAGCACUAACCCUCUAAAAGGUAAUAAUCUUUGGCUCCGCCCUCACCUGGCUCCACACCUGUUAAUCUAGAGAUUUCACCUGGAAUGCAGAAGACGAGCGGACUCUUUGAAAGAUUUUAUCCAAACGUUUCCAGUCCUGACCCUGACCCGUAAGAACCGGACUUCCUUUCAUUUGUACAACUUGCUGUGUUUGAGCUGAAGACUGAUGCAAGCGUUUCCUGUUUCGGGGGGCAGUUUUUACCUGGAAACAUUUUAUUUUUUUGUUUUGUUUUUGGGAUAUUACCAUGAAUUACUCAUAAAUAACCCGUUUUCCCUGUGGAAUUGUUUUUCCUCACGCCUACUUUUCAUUUCUAGGGCAAACAUUGCUUGAAUUAUAAUAACUGGACUGAAUAUAGGGAGAGGAAGAGCCUGUAUUAGCUGUUAGAUUUUGUUUUUUUAAUACUUCUGUGUUGGGUUUGCUGCAGAAGUGUGUGAUCUGAAGAGUGUCUUUUCAUUUUGGGAUAUAAAAGAGGUACUAUAGAGAGAUUAGGGCUGAUGAAUUGUCCACAUUUACUUGGUUUCAUGACAAUCCAAAAAGAAAAAAAAUCUUGCGCUAAAAGGGUUUUAGUAAAGUAGAAUUUUUGGCAUACCGCACUUUGACAUUUUACAUUGUUUAAGAUGUUUUUAAGCAUUCUUAUGCAGGUGUCUUUUUAUGAAAAGAUGCGCUCAUGCAUGUUGGAUGCCUUAAUAUGAAUGACAUUAAUUAAAUCUGAGUGCUUUAGGCGUGAGCAACUAUACAAAUUUUUCUGACCUGGGUGUGUAAACGAAGAGCUUUUUUUUUUUUUCCUAGAUUGCAUACAUUUACGGGGUAUUUUCUCUGAAUGUCUUUAUAACUUAAAAAAAAUCCUGCCUGUAAAAAUCGCCAGCAUUCUCUUCGGCCAAGGACUCUAAACUAUUUUGAUUUUACUUUAAAUUUCUCCUCAAAUGUACGUCUCGUUCAGGAAUGUGGCUCUUCGGAUGAAUUAUUUUCCAGCUCCCCCGUCCCGUCGGUUUGUCAUAAAAUAAGACGGCCUUAAGAGGAAGGAACUCCUCGACACAUUUGUAAAUUAAAUCCAUUUUAGCACUGAAGGUCAAACCAAUUGUUUUAUUUACGCGAGUGUUUAUAUUUGAACCACACCCGUCUGGCUUAACGGGUUUUAUUUGGGUUGAAAGCAGAUUCUAAAAUGACUUUUCGUUCCCCCUCAUUUUUAAUUUUUCGUCGAAGCGAUUCCGGUCGUGCACGUGCUGUGAAACGAGAUCCUAAAAAAAAUCACGACGAGGGAGAAAGUUACCAGUGACUCCACUAGAGACUACUCGAAUCUUGGAAGUAAAUUUUAGGGAAAAAUAAAAAAAGAGAGCUAAUAAGAUGGUGCUGUGUUGAAGGACACAUAACAAACUAAAGAUGUUUUCCUUCGGUUUAAGUUGUAUAUUAAUAAUACUAUUAAUAGUUUUAAUAAAAUGCAAAUCUAAAAACAUAAACUUUUGUAAAGAAUUAUAUAAAAAGAAUAACUGAUAUUCCAAAGUAAUCCUCCCUUUGCUUUCUGUCAUUAAAAAAAAAAUACCAAAAAGCAAUCUUUAGGUCGACAGAGAGCAGGAGAGGCGAUAAUGCAAACUGUAAAUGACGUCCCACGACUUUGACCCUCGCACUAGUCCCCGACUUUUUCUUUGCACGAGCUACAGACGCUGCCGUCGCCCCGAGUUUUGCUUUGGAUUCGGGUCUUUUGUUGAGAUGGGAAGUGCAGCUUUUGUGUAAAGCGAGGACUAAUGCGCUCAUGUCUGGGAUUACUACACACACACACAAACACACACACACACACAGACACGGUGUUGCACUGUCCAAACUAGACAUGUUUUUAUGGAGAUCUGCUUUUUAUUCCUGUUUGUUUCAUUGUCACUUUGAUUAUCACUAUUAUAACUGUACAACUACUUAUACGAUUUAUUAAUACUCAUCACUGUUUUUUGAUUAAUAUUAUUGGUUUAAAAUGCCACCUCUGUGCUCUGAAAAGAGCAUGGUAUUCCUCUGAAUAUUGAACAAUAAUAGUGGCAGUGUUGUUACGAAUUGUUAGAUUUAUGAUUAAGCUUUUUGUUUUGUUUGAUUUUUUUUUAUUUUUCCCCCCAACUUCCUCUCCUCACUUGUACCCGCCUUUGUGUUUGGUCUCCAUUAAUGCUUUCUUUGAUAUACAGAAAAAGAAAUAAAAACCAGUUGAACAACAAAUAA